CACGUGUUAGUCGCCUUUCACUCUAAAACCUCCAGUAAAACCCCACGCCAAAUACACUUCACAACCUCCAAAUCCAAAAUUCCAUGGCCGCCGCCGCCACCACCGCCGCCGCAGUAACAAAAAACGGCCUUCUCAAAAUCCACCGCCACCGCCACUCCCUCCGCUGUUCCUGGCAAAAAACACGCAGCCAACACUCCAUACCCCAUCCUCCGCCGCCACCGCCGGCGAGCAUCGGCAAUCAACUCCAACAAACCAGAUGGUGCUCCCGCUUCCCACAUUCCACCUCACAGAAAACCGCCACGGUAAUAUCAUCUUCCAUUCCCCACUCUCCUAACUCCGGCGUGAUCGGCUGGUACUUGUCCAUGAUCAAGCACCGCCCAAUCGCCACCAAAAGCAUCACCUCCGCCCUCAUUUACACCGCCGCCGAUCUAUCCUCUCAGACGAUUACAGGGGGAGAUUCAAAUUCAGAUUCAAACUCAUCUGGCUAUGAUUUGGUGCGGACUUUGCGAAUGGCUGGAUACGGGAUGUUAAUAAUAGGCCCUUCGUUGCAUUACUGGUUCAAUUUCGUAUCUCGUGUUUUCCCGAAACGCGAUCUCUUCUCCACUUUCACGAAAAUGGUGUUAGGGCAGAUGGUAUAUGGCCCUACUGUAACUGCAUUGUUCUUCUCUCUCAAUGCUGCUUUACAAGGUGAAAGUGGUUCCGAAAUUAUUGGUCGAUUGAAACGUGAUUUAGUACCUACACUGAAAAGUGGCGUUAUGUACUGGCCGAUAUGCGAUUUUGUGACGUUCAGAUUCGUCCCCGUACAUUUACAGCCUUUGGUGAGCAACUCAUUUUCAUACCUAUGGACGGUUUAUCUAACUUACAUGGCAAGCUUGUCGAAAGUUAGUACGAGUUGA